AGUAACGUUUCAAUCGUCGCUUAGAUCACCAGAAGCCAACAUGAAGUUCGCCGUUGUCGUAGUCUUGUUCGCCCUGGCCUAUGGAGUCAACAGCUCUGUGGUGCCGCUGCUGACCAGCAUCCAUGGCGGCCAUGUGCUGGUGGGUGCCGGACCCGCCGUUGCCGGUUCUGUGGCCAUCCAGGCCUCUGCUGUGCCCGCUGCCGUGCCCCUGGUCCUGUCCCCAGCUGGACCCGUGCUCAUCCAGUCGGCCCCAGCCCAUGCCACCAUUGUGGCUGCCCAUCCGCCCGCUGUGGUCGCAGUGGCUGCUCCCCCUGCCAGCUAUGUGGCCAAGACCCGUGGCGCCGUCCACGUGGCACCCCUGCCCGGACACUCGCAGUCGGCGGCCUCCGUCAACCUGGAGCCCGCACCAGGCACCUGGUAAUCAUCCACUGAAACGGAACCCCCUGGAUAAACGAUCCCCCUUUGACCUUGCCAGCGAUUGUCUCUGUCGCGCCGUCUCUCUGUCUCUAUCUUCAAGUCAUGUUUGGUUUUAGUUUCCCAAAGGUUUUUCCACUUGCCAUCUGCCGCGGACCUCACGCACUCCUCACAAAACUUUCUUCAGCAAAUCUAAGUCAAUCUCUGAGUCCUUCCUA